UUUGGCAAUAAUAAUAAUUGAUUUUUAAUGAGUUCAGGCGAUCAGCAGCUACUGGAGUACAUAAAAGAUCUUCAAGAGAAGGACAAGAUGAACAAACAAAUGAUACAGGCACUUUUAGAGGCAUCUGAUACUAAGAAGAGCCUCUCCUCUUUGUCACAAUCUGCAAUAGCACAGAUUAAGAAGGAGAAUGAUGCCUAUAAAGAGAAAUGCCUCCAUCUUCUUGAACAAAAAUCUGAGCUGAUAGAGAUCAUCAAUGCUAAAAAUGUUGAAUUUGAGCAAUUGCAGAAAGAGUAUGAGAAAAAGAGAAAUCAUCUAGAGUCCAGCACUCGGGAGUCAUAUGGGAUAUCUAACUCAGCAUCCCUGAGUAAAAUGUUUGCUCUCCUUGACAUCAAGGUUACAAAUGGGAGGUAUUUGGAAGAUAAUCUGGCUAAACUCCUUGAGACUUUUAAGAAGAUCCUCAAAACUAAUAAUCAUCUUGAAACUGAUAAUAAGUACCUCAGGGAUAAGCUAGAUGAAGCUGACAAAGAUAUUUUCAAAGUCAAAGAAAGACUUAAGACAGUUGAAGGUAGUGGCUCUAUCGGGUCCCAAGAGCCAGACCCAUACGAGCGGGAACAGUUAGAAGAAGAUAUAGAAAUCAACAUUGUAGAUGACCAAGAAAAACCUUUAAACAUGUCAAAUUUAAGCGGUUUAUCAGGUAUGGGCGCGAUGAGCAAGACCUUCAGCUUGGGCCCGCCAAAGAAAAAGAACCAGAAAGUGCCAAAAUUAGAUUUCUCAACACUAAAGCACAACAAGGAAUUCAAGGACUGGUAUAAAUAUGCAACAAAGCUUGAAUUGAGCGUGAAAUCUCUCAGGAAGAAGAUAAAAAUCCUUGAGAAUGAAAUGGACGAAUGAAGUAAAUAAAAACAUCCAAUUAAGAAAACAGAACAGCAAUCUAUACUGACUGAAUAGGAAGUUGGUACUAACUACAAAAUCAUUGAAGAAGAAAAUUAUUGAGCUAAAGGAGAGGUAUAAUAAGAAAAUCAAAAAGGCACAGAAGUUCGGCCUUGAUACCCUCGAAAUGACUAUUCCUAGGUUUGACACUGAAAUCACUUAUGAUUACUCCAAGGAAGAUAUUCCUAAGGAAUACCUUGAUGAAUUUAACUCGAAUGAUAGCUAUGAAGAGCCAAAAUCUAAAAAGCAAAUAUCUGCGUAUAAGUAUUUUGGGAAGAGCAAAACCUUACUGAUCGAGGAAGGAGAUCCUAAAAGCAGAGUUCAGACUGAGAUGGGAAUUCAUCGUCAAGACUCUAUAGAGCAGGACGAAAUGACUAGUGGAAAGAGUAAGAACUCAGUUACCGGAUCAAGUAAAAGAAUUUCACAAAAGAUGAUGGAGAAUAAUGACUACAAGACUACAGAAAGCCCAAGACAUAUUAAGGAGGAGGAUCUCUCUGGCCUCAUGAGGCCUAGUAUUAGCUACAAGAAAAAAGGUCUCAUCACAAAGAUAAAUAUAAAUGACCAGAACAGGGACCUCCUUGCUGGAAGGAAAAGAGUGAUGAAAAGACCUGGGAUAAAUACGAAACUGAUGACAAACAAAGGUAGGAAUAGAGGUGGUCUUGAAUAAGUUUUUGACAAGCCCAAUUAAUAAUUAAUAUAUUUCA